GAGAUAGUAGGACAACUGCUAUGGUCUGGUCCCAGAUCUGUUUUACCAUCUUGCCAAUGGAAGAGAUAGUAGGACAACUGCUAUGGUCUGGUCCCAGAUCUGUUUUACCAUCUUGCCAAUGGAAGAGAUAGUAGGACAACUGCUAUGGUCUGGUCCCAGAUCUGUUUUACCAUCUUGCCAAUGGAAGAGAUAGUAGGACAACUGAUAUGGUCUGGUCCAAGAUCUGUUUUUAUUAUCUUGCCAAUGGAAGAGAUAGUAGGACAACUGAUAUGGUCUGGUCCCAGAUCUGUUUUUAUUAUCUUGCCAAGUCGGCAGAAACGGAUCUGGGACUGGGCUACCACUGGUGAUGGCAUGAAAUGAUGUGUGGUUUAUAUAUCAUGAUACUUUCCUGUGGUACAGUGGCAAGGAGUGAGAUGGUAAGACACCUUGUACUGUGGUGGCAUGGAAUGAUGUUUGGUUUAUGGUAGAUACUGGGAAGGUAGGAUGGCAAGUGGUGAGAUGGUAGGACAACUGGUACAACUGAUACUGGUACACAGCUGGUGGCAUGGAAUGGUGUUCAGUAUGCAUAUCAUAAAUGAUACUUGUCUGUGCCUGUUCGUACAAAGACACUGCAGACAUUUGAUUUGCAAGUUGGAGGCUUGCUAAUCCAGUGUGAUGCAAGGGGAAAGAUAGUGCUUUAUUCAAUUUUUUGUCGUUCAAAUUCUCUUUUCUUGUUUCAGGGCAACACAACUACCUGUGUGCUGGGAGGAACGACUGCAUCAUCGAUAAGAUCAGAAGGAAGAACUGUCCAGCCUGCCGCUUCCGCAAGUGUCUAAUGGCAGGGAUGAACCUGGAAGGUACGCUCUUUUACCUUGUUUUAUUGUCUGAUGGCAGGGAUGAACCUGGAAGGUAAACUAUUUUACCUUGUUUUAUUGUACAGAUUCUAGAUUUGUUUUGAUGUAAGUUGGUGUGCAACUCAGUCUGACUACAAGUUACUACAACCUCAAAUACCAGAUACAAGUAGAUACAGUGAGGGGAAAAAGUAUUUGAUCCCCUGCUGAUUUUGUACGUUUGCCCACUGACAAAGAAAUGAUCAGUCUAUAAUUUUAAUGGUAGGUUUAUUUGAACAGUGAGAGACAGAAUAACAACAGAAAAAUCCAGAAAAGCACAUGUCAAAAAUGUUAUAAAUUGAUUUGCAUUUUAAUGAGGGAAAUAAGUAUUUGACCCCCUCUCAAUCAGAAAGAUUUCUGGCUCCCAGGUGUAUUUUAUACAGGUAACGAGCUGAGAUUUGGAGCACACUCUUAAAGGGAGUGCUCCUAAUCUCAGCUUGUUACCUGUAUAAAAGACACCUGUCCACAGAAGUAAUCAAUCAAUCAGAUUCCAAACUCUCCACCAUGGCCAAGACCAAAGAGCUCUCCAAGGAUGUCAGGGACAAGAUUGUAGACCUACACAAGGCUGGAAUGGGCUACAAGACCAUCGCCAAGCAGCUUGGUGAGAAGGUGACAACAGUUGGUGCGAUUAUUUGCAAAUGGAGGAAACACAAAAGAACUGUCAAUCUCCCUCGGCCUGGGGCUCCAUGCAAGAUCUCACCUCGUGGAGUUGCAAUGAUCAUGAGAACGGUGAGGAAUCAGCCCAGAACUACACGGGAGGAUCUUGUCAAUGAUCUCAAGGCAGCUGGGACCAUAGUCACCAAGAAAACAAUUGGUAACACACUACGCUGUGAAGGACUGAAAUCCUGCAGCGCCCGCAAGGUCCCCCUGCUCAAGAAAGCACAUAUACAGGGCCGUCUGAAGUUUGCCAAUGAACAUCUGAAUGAUUCAGAGGAGAACUGGGUGAAAGUGUUGUGGUCAGAUGAGACCAAAAUCGAGCUCUUUGGCAUCAACUCAACUCGCCGUGUUUGGAGGAGGAGGAGGAAUGCUGCCUAUGACCCCAAGAACACCAUCCCCACCGUCAAACAUGGAGGUGGAAACAUUAUGCUUUGGGGGUGUUUUUCUGCAAAGGGACAGGACAACUUCACCACAUCAAAGGGACGAUGGACGGGGCCAUGUACCGUCAAAUCUUGGGUGAGAACCUCCUUCCCUCAGCCAGGGCAUUGAAAAUGGGUCGUGGAUGGGUAUUCCAGCAUGACAAUGACCCAAAACACAUGGCCAAGGCAACAAAGGAGUGGCUCAAGAAGAAGCACAUUAAGGUCCUGGAGUGGCCUAGCCAGUCUCCAGACCUUAAUCCCAUAGAAAAUAUGUGGCGGGAGCUGAAGGUUCGAGUUGCCAAACAUCAGGCUCGAAACCUUAACGACUUGGAGAAGAUCUGCAAAGAGGAGUGGGACAAAAUCCCUCCUGAGAUGUGUGCAAACCUGGUGGCCAACUACAAGAAACGUCUGACCUCUGUGAUUGCCAACAAGGGUUUUGCCACCAAGUACUAAGUCAUGUUUUGCAGAGGGGUCUAAUACUUAUUUCCCUCAUUAAAAUGCAAAUCAAUUUAUAAAAUUUUUGACAUGCGUUUUUCUGGAUUGUUUUGUUGUUAUUCUGACUCUCACUGUUCAAAUAAACCUACCAUUAAAAUUAUAGACUGAUCAUGUCUUUGUCAGUGGGCAAACGUACAAAAUCAGCAGGGGAUCAAAUACUUUUUUCCCUCACUGUAUGUUAGUUUGACUGGUUUUUGAGAUCAUGGUCACUCAAUCUACCGCCUCUCCCUCCCGCCCUCUCUCCUUCCCCACAGCUCGUAAAACCAAGAAGCUGAACCGUUUAAAGGGGGUGCAGCAGCCCACCACGGCCGAGCUGACCCCCCCUCCCCUCCCAGAGGCCAGGUCGCUGGUCCCUAAGUCCAUGCCCCAGCUCACCCCCACCAUGCUGUCUCUACUGAAGGCCAUCGAGCCAGACACCAUCUACUCUGGCUACGACGGCACCCUGCCAGACACCUCCACACGCAUCAUGACCACCCUCAACAGGCUGGGGGGACGACAGGUCGUAUCAGCCGUCAAGUGGGCCAAGUCCCUGCCAGGUACCACUCUCUCUAAGAGAGACUGUUGGAAACCUGCACCGUAUCUACCAUAGAUAACAGUACUAUACAGUAUCAUCAGGGAAAUGGAACCUUUAGUCAUUCAGUGUUCUGUUAUCUUCCCGUGCAGGGUUCCGGAACCUUCACCUGGACGACCAGAUGACUCUGCUGCAGUGUUCCUGGUUGUUCCUCAUGUCCUUCGGCCUGGGCUGGAGGUCCUACCAGCAGUGUGACGGGAACAUGCUCUGCUUCGCUCCAGACCUCGUCAUCAACCAGUAUGUCUAUUUCUCUGUCUGUCUGCAUGUCUCUCUCUCUCUCUCUCUCUCUCUCUCUCUCUCUCUCUCUCUCUCUCUCUCUCUCUCUCUCUCUCUCUCUCUCUCUCUCUCUCUCUCUCUCUCCAGUAUCUUGUCUUCAAUCUGUUUUGUUCUCUGUCUGUCUAACCAUUGACAUACCUGUCUCUCUCUCCUCUGCAGGGACCGUAUGAAGCUACCCUACAUGGCAGACCAGUGUGACAUCAUCACUAACAUACCUGUCUCUCUCUCCUCAUCAGGGACCGUAUGAAGCUACCCUACAUGGCAGACCAGUGUGACAUCAUCACUAACAUACCUGUCUCUCUCUCCUCAUCAGGGACCGUAUGAAGCUACCCUACAUGGCAGACCAGUGUGACAUCAUCACUAACAUACCUGUCUCUCUCUCCUCAUCAGGGACCGUAUGAAGCUACCCUACAUGGCAGACCAGUGUGAACAGAUGUUGAAGAUCUCCAGUGAGUUUGUCAGACUGCAGGUGUCUCAUGACGAGUAUCUGUGUAUGAAGGUUCUACUGCUGCUCAGCACUGGUGAGUUUCAUCCCCGCUUUUACUUUGACCUUUCACACUUGAGUCCAUAACAAUAUGCCAACCUAUUUCCUGAUUGAUGGCUGUGUGUUCCUGGGUUUUUAGUGUUAUGUUUUUAAUGUUGAUCCUGGCAUUGGGAUGUCAGAAGAAAAGUUUCCUAUUUCAUCUUAUUGCAUUUUCACUACAUUUUCAACAGACAGUGCAUUCGGAAAGUAUUCAGACCCCUUGACUUUUUCUACAUUUUGUUAUGUUACAGCCUUAUUCUAAAAUUGAUUAAAUUGUUUUUUUCCCUCAUCAAUCUACACACAAUACCCCAUAAUGACAAAGCAAAAACAGUUUUUUAGAAAUAUUUGCACAUUUAUAAAAUAAUUAUAAUAACUGAAAUCACAUUUACAUAAGUAUUCAGACCCUUUACUCAGUACUUUGUUGAAGCACCUUUGGCAGCGAUUACAGCCUUGAGUCUUCUUGGGUAUGAAGCUACAAGCUUGGCACACCUGUAUUUGGGGAGUGUCUCCCAUUCUUCUCUGCAGAUCCUCUCAAGCUCUGUCAGGUUGGAUGGGGAGCGUUGCUGCACAGCUAUUUUCUGGUCUCUCCAGAGAUGUUUGAUCGGGUUCAAGUCCGGGCUCUGGCUGGGCCACUCAAGGAUAUUCAGAGACUUGUCCCGAAGCCACUCCUGCGUUGUCUUGGCUGUGUGCUUAGGGUCGUUGUCCUGUUGGAAGGUGAACCUUCACCCCAAUCUGAGGACCUGUGCGCUCUGGAGCAGGUUUUCAUCAAGGAUCUCUCUGUACUUUGCUCCGUUCAUCUUUCCCUCGAUCCUGACUAGUCUCCCAGACCCUGCCGCUGAAAAACAUCCGCCCAUCAUGAUGCCUCCACCACCAUGCUUCACCGUAGGGAUGGUGCCAGGUUUCCUCCAGACGUGACACUUGGCAUUCAGGCCAAAGAGUUCAAUCUUGGUUUCAUCAGACCAGAGAAUCUUCUUUCUCAUGGUCUGAGAGUCUUUAGGUGCGUCGUGUGCCUUUUACUGAGGAGUGGCUUCCGUCUGGCCACUCUACCAUAAAGGCCUGAUUGGUGGAGUGCUGCAGAGAUGAUUGUCCUUCUGGAAGGUUAUCUGAUCUCCACAGAGGAACUCUGGAGCUCUGUCAUAGUAACCAUUGGGUUCUUGGUCACCUCCUUGACCAAGGCCCUUCUCCCCCGAUUGCUCAGUUUGGCUGGGCGGCCAGCUCUAGGAAGUGUCUUGGUGGUUCCAAACUUCUUCCAUUUAAGAAUGAUGGAGGCCAUUGUGCUCUUGGGGACCUUCAAUGCUGCCCCAGAUCUGUGCCUCGACACAAUCCUGUCUCUGAGCUCUACGGACAAUUCCUUCGACCUCAUGGCUUGGUUUUUGCUCUGACAUGCACUGUCAACUUUGGGACCUUAUAUAGACAGGUGUGUGCCUUUCAAAUCAUGUCCAAUCAAUUGAAUUUACCACAGGUAGACUCCAAUCAAGUUGUAUAAAAAUCUCAAGGAUGAUCAAUGGAAACAGGAUGCACCUGAGCUCAAUUUCGAGUCUCAUAUCAAAGUGUCUGAAUACUUAUGUAAAUAAGGUAUUUCUGUUUUUUAUUUGUAAUACAUUUGAAAAUGUUUAUAAAAAGCUGUUUUCGCUUUGUCAUUAUGGGGGGUAUUGUGUGUAGAUUGCUGAGGAUUUUUAUUUAUUUUAUCCAUUUUAGAAUAAGGCUGUAAUAUAUCAAAAUGUGGAAAAAGUAAAGGGGUCUGAAUACUUUCCGAAGGCCCUGUAUAAUGGAAGGGGAACUGCAUAGGUAUGACUUACUGGGUUAUUUAACACAUUUCCUGUUAUGUUUAGUGCCUAAGGGAAACACACACACAGAGGUUGAAAUAUUAUGUUGUCUCCCCCCCCCCCCCCCCCCCCCCCCCAGUGCCAAAGGAUGGUCUGAAGAGUCAGGCAGUGUUUGAUGACAUCAGGAUGUCCUACAUUAAGGAGUUGGGGAAGGCCAUCGUCAAGAGGGAGGAAAACUCCAGCCAGAACUGGCAACGCUUCUACCAGCUCACCAAGCUUCUUGACUCCAUGCACGAGGUACACAUUAGAGGUCUUCACGAGGUACACAUUAGAGGUCUUCACGUGUCCAACAGACACCAAAAUUCGGAGAUAAGACCCGGGACCGGGUCCUAAAUUCUGACUUUUUCCUCGGAUCUCGGUCUGGUCUAGUAUAAUUGCCACGGGGUCUCGGAUAUGUGCAAUUAAAGUUGAUUAAAGUCCUCUGUUAAUGUAAUGUGUGUGAGGUGAUGAGAACUGCGCAAGCUUCUUAUCUGUGUCAGCCAAUUGCAACUCAAAAUAUAAAGCGUGUAUCCAGCUGAAAGUGGUUCCAACUGCUCUCCUCACGUGCGCCUGCUGCUGGAGAGAGACAGAGAGAGAGAGAGAGAGAGAGAGAGUAGAGAACGAUAGAGAAGAGAGAGAGAGAGAGAGAGAGAGAGAGAGAGAAGAGAGGAGAGAGAGAGGAUAUAUAGAGAGAGAGAGAGAGAAGACGUAGACAGAGAUAGAGAUAGAGACGAUCGAUAGAUCGCUAUUAGCUAGCGCGAGAUAAUCUCUAGAGCCAUCUAUAUAUCUAGCCCGUAGAUAUAUUAUGCUCACGCUAUCCCUCCGGUCUAUAGCUUCAUACUCUCUCUCUCUCUCUCUGCUAUCUCUCGCUCUCUCCCUCGUCGAUCGCGACAGCUCUCUCUCUCUGCGCUCUCUCUCUCUCCUUACUCUAUGGCUCCCUCCUCGCUCUCUCCACUCCUCUGCGCGAUACGAGCCUUGGCCUAGACUCCUGUUGAUUGAGAAGAUGGAGUCAUUUUUCACUGAAGUAAUACAUCAUUGGAGGAGAAAGAGGAACGUCCUCUGGGACACGUUUUAAUAUUGUAGUGGAGAAAGAUGAGAAACACGUUGCCAAAUGGACUGUGUGCAACUCGCUAUUCAGGUUUGAGGUUAACUUUUAUUUAUUUAUUUUCAUAUUUAUUGUCAUUUUUUAAAAUCAUUAUUGUAUAUCAUUUGUAUUAUUGUAGGCCUAUUUAAUCAUCUAAACCAGUUCUUUAAUGUGGAAAAAAUAUAUAUAUUUCAAUUUGUUGAGACAUUUGUGCUGGCUAAAUUAAGUUCUAACUGUCUUUUUUAAAUGUGUGCUUCGUAUUUAGUUUAAGAUUAAGGUUAAAACUAGGCCUGUUGUAAAAUAAAUAGCAUUAGCCUAUUGCUGUCAUUUGUUGGGUAAGCCUACAGUAGGCUCUGACCUUUGUUGGGAAUUGCUGCGAUAUAGGCCUGUUCAAGGUUUAAACCAGUUCUAUAAAUAUGCAACAAGUGUUUUGUUUCAUUCUGUUGAGCCAUUUUCUUUGGCCAAAUUAAGUUCCAACUGUAAUGUUGUGUUUUGCGCAAUAUAUAAUACAAUAAGUUGUCUUGAACGCACUGCACAACACUUCACUUCCUGUUAAACGCGGAACGGGGAGAGCUCGGUUCGUUGUUUUGGAAUGUUUUUAAAGUCUAUUGAAAAGUUUGGUUACUAGACAGAUACCUUUUGCGUUUGGAUCCCGUGACAUCAGUUGCUCGGACCGCUACUAUCUGUCCAGUGAUCCUGCCGACCAAGGCCGGGUCUGAGGAGCUGUUUGGCGUAGCAGCUAGCCUAGCCGCUAGCCUAGCUGCCUAUCAAGCUAGCAGGGUUUUCUAGAGGGCUUGGACCGCGGAUUGUCCCGGGAUUGUUGUUUCCAAUCUUCCCUGCGACCUCCCCUGUCUGGAACUGCGAGGAGUAACAGCGUAACCUACGUUGCUACCAAGACCAAAGCCGGCGGGAGGACCGUUGAGGACAGUGGUGUCUCUCUAUCACAGGUGAAGGAUCUUUUAAACAAACAAAAUGAGUUCUACAAGCAGUUGUUACAACAACAAGAAAAUCGCUUUAAGUCUGAGGACAAAGUUAGGGAAAUGAUCUCGGAGAAACUGAAGAUUGACCACAGGAAGAUUUGAGGUGGAGCGCUCCCACAGGACUGGAGACCCCACCACCGACCCAGGUGACAGGCCCAGGCCGAUAGUGGUCAAGUUCCUGAGGUUCAAGGACAAGGUAGCUGUUCUGAAAAGAGCCAAGAACUUGAGAGGAACGUACAUCUUCUUCAACAAGGACUAUCCUGAAGCUGUGCGCCAGAAGAGGAAAGAACUUAUCCCAGCCAUGAAAACUGCCGGAGCGCAUGGGGACGAUGUAAGAUCCACUAUCACAGGCUCAUUAUCCAUCCUCCCUCCAAAAAGCCUGGAAGGGAUGAGAGAGCCAAGCCUAUGGGUUCGUAGCAUCAAUCACGCAGCACACACACAUACUUACACACAUCAGCUGUUUAAUGGCCUGCUGAAUGCAUAUUUUUUUUGUUUGCUCUUUUCUAUAUUAUGUAUAUCUCUGAUAAGCUACCCAGGAAAGGGCUGAAAAUAGCCCAUAUUAAUAUAUGUAGCCUUAGAAAUAAGGUUCAUGAAAUCAAUAACUUGCUAACAUCAGAUAACAUUAAUAUAUUAGCCAUUUCUGAGACUCACUUAGAUAAUUCAUUUGAUGAUACAGCAGUAGAAAUACAAUAAUAUAACAUCUAUAGAAGAGACAGGAAUGCUUAUGGGGGAGGUGUUGCUGUAUAUAUUCAGAGCCAUAUCCCUGUAAUGCUUAGAGAAGAUCUUAUGUCAGGUGUUAUUGAAGUAAUAAUAAAUAAUAAUAAUAUGCCAUUUAGCAGACGCUUUUAUCCAAAGCGACUUACAGUCGUGCGUGCAUACAUUUUUUUUGUGUAUGGGUGGUCCCGGGGAUCGAACCCACUACCUUGGCGUUACAAGCGCCGUGCUCUACCAGCUGAGCUACAGAGGACCACAAGUGUUGUGGUUGCAGGUUCACCUGGCACAUCUAAAGCCUUUUCUUUUGGGGUGUUGCUAUAGGCCACCAAGUGCUAACAGUCAGUAUCUAAAUAAUAUGUGUGAAAUGCUUGAUAGUGUUAGGUUCUAAAUAAACAGAAUAAAACUCACGGACGACUAGGAAAAGCUCAAACCAAGUUUAUUCACCCACUGGGUCAAACAGCUGAAAAGACAAAGACAUGUUUACACAAGCACAUAUACAGUGUAAAUGUAAAUGUUAAGUUGUCUAUUAUUUUUGUCUAUGCAUUCGGAAAGUAUUCAGACCCCUUGACUUUUUCCACAUUUUGUUACGUUACAGCCUUAUUCUAAAAUAGAUUCAAUAGUUUUUUCCCCCUCAUCAACCUACACACAAUACCCCAUAAUGACAAAGCAAAAACUGGUUUUUAGAAUAUUUUGCAAAUGUAUUCCAAAUAAAAAACCAAAAUAUGACAUUUAGUAUUCAGAAGAGUGGCGACUGUUCCUCCUCACUUCAUCUGACCUGACCUCGGCCCGCAUUCCUCACUCCUCCCUAAUCCACGGCUGUCCAACCUUAUCUGUUGACUGGAACCAGACUGUGGCCCUUCUCCUCGCCAUAGGAUACCUGAUGUCUAACAUUAACAUGUUCUGACAGAAUGUACCAUUUCUGCACUCCCCCUUUCUCACUCAGUAUUUCCAUACACCCAUUUGUUAUGGUAACAUGAAUAAGGAUAUUUCAAGUUAUUUCAAGUUAGAACCCACAAGUAAUGUAUGUGAUGUAAACAGAGAGGUCUACUUUCUUGGGGACCUGAUUAUUGACUGGUUUUCAUCAAGCUGUCUGCUCAAGAGGAAGCUUCUCACUGUAACCAGUGCCUGUAAUCUGGUUCAGGUUAUUAAUCAACCUACCAGGGUGUUUACAAACACUACAGGAACAAGAUCAUCCACAUGUAUUGAUCACAUUUUUACUAAUAGUGUAUAACUUUUUCUAGAGCUGUAUCCGUACCCAUUGGAUGUAGUGAUCACAAUAUAGUGGCUAUAUCCAGGAAAGCCAAAGUUCCAAAAGCUGGAUCUAAAAUAGAGUACAAGAGAUCAUACAAAAGAUUUUGCUGCGACUCUUAUGUGGAUGAUGUUAAAAAUAUUUGUUGGUCUGAUGUGAUUAAUAAGGAGCAUCCAGAUGCUGCACUUGAUGAAUUUAUGAAAUUGCUUCUUCCAAUUAUUGAUAAACAUGCACCUGUUAAGAAACUGACUGUUAGAACUGUUAAGGCUCCAUGGAUUGAUGAGGAAUUGAAAAACUGUGUGGUUGAAAGAGACGGGACAGAAGGAGUGGAUAAUAAGUCUGGCUGCACAUCUGUCUGGCUGAUUUACUGCAAAUUGAGAAAUGAUGUGACUAAACUCAACAAAAAGAAGAAGUAACAGUAUUAUGAAGCCAAGAUCAAUGAUAUAAAGAAUGUUAGUAGUUUAAAUGAAAUUAUGGGCAGAAAGACAAAUUCAACUCCAUCUUUCAUCGAAUCAGAUGGCUUAAUAAUCACAAAACCAUUUGAUGUUGCCAAUUAUUUUAAUGAUUACUUCAUUGGCAAAGUGGGCAAACUUAGGCAGGAAAUGCCAACAAUGAACAGUGAGCCAUCGUACUCAUGCAUAAAAAAACAAAUAAUGAAAGAAAAGCAUUGCAAGUUUGAAUUUUGUAAAGUUAGUGUGGGAGAUGUGGGAAAAUUAUUGUUAUCAAUCAAUAAUGACAAACCUCCUGGCAUUGACAAUUUAGAUGGAAAGCUACUGAGGAUGGUAGCUGACUCUAUAGGCACUCCUAUCUGUCAUAUCUUUAAUCUGAGCCUAGAGGAAAGUAUUUGUCCUCAGGCCUGGAGGGAAGUCAAAGUCAUUCCGCGACCCAAGAGUGGUAAAGCUGCCUUUAUUGGUUCAACAGCAGACCUAUCAGCUUGCUGCCUGCUCUUAGCAAACUGUUGGAAAAAAUGGUGUUUGACCAAAUACAAUGCUAUUUCUCUGUAAACAAACUAACAAGAGACUUUCGGCAGGCUUAUAGAGAAGGGCACUCAACAUGUACUGCACUGACACAAAUGACUGAUGAUUGGUUGAAAGAAAUUGAUAAUAAGAAGAUUGUGGGAGCUGUACUGUUAGAUUUCAGUGCAGCCUUUGAUAUUAUUGACCAUAACCUGUUGUUGAGAAAAUGUAUGUGUUAUGGCUUUUUAACCUCUGCCAUAUGGUGGAUUCAGAGCUAUCUAUCUAAUAGAGGGUUUUCUUCAACGGAAGCUUCUCUAAUGUCAAACAUGUUAAGUGUGGUGUCCCUCUAUUCUAUUUUGACCAAUGGCAAUAAACAAAGCAUGUGUGUCCAUGUAUGCUGAUGAUUCAACCAUAUAUGAAUCAGCAACCAGAGCUAAUUAAGUCACUGAAACCGUUUACAAAGAGUUGUGGGGUGUUUUGGAAUGGGAGGCCACUAAUAAACUGGUCCUGAACAUCUCUAAAACUAAGAGCAUUGUAUUUGGUACAAAUCAUUCCCUAAGUUCUAGACCUCAGCUGAAUCUGGUAAUGAAUGGUGUGGCUGUUGAACAAGUUGAGGAGACUAAAUUACUUGGCGUUACCUUAGAUUGUAAACUUUCAUGGUCAAAACAUAUACACUACAUGGCCAUAAGUAUGUGGACACCCCUUCAAAUUAAUGGAUUUGGCUAUUUCAGCCACACUCGUUGCUGACAGGUGUAUAAAAUUGAGCACACAGCCAUGCAAUCUCUAUAGACAAACAUUGGCUGUAGAAUGGCCCGUACUGAAGAACUCAGUGACUUUCAACGUGUUACCAUCAUAGGAUGCCAACUUUCCAACAAGUCAGUUCGUCAAAUUUCUGUCCUGCUAGAGCUGCCCCGGUCAACUGUAAGUGCUGUUAUUGUGAAGUGGAAACGUCUAGGAGCAACAACGGCUCAGCCACGAAGUGGUAGGCCACACAAGCUCACAGAAUGGGAUGGCCAAGUGCUGAAGCGCGUAGUGCGUAAAAAUCGUCUGUCCUCGGUUGCAACACUCACUACCGAGUUCCAAACUGCCUCUGGAAGCAAUGUCAACACAAGUACUGUUCGUCGAGAGCUUCAUGAAAUUGGUUUUCAUGGCCGAGCAGCCGCACACAUGCCUAAAAUCACCAUGUCCAAUGCCAAGCGUUGGCUGGAGUGGUGUAAAGCUCGGCGCCAUUGGACUCUGGAGCAGUGGAAACGCGUUCUCUGGAGUGAUGAAUCACGCUUCACUAUCUGGCAGUCUGACGGACAAAUCUGGGUUUGGUGGAUGCCAGGAGAACUCUACCUGCCCGACUGCAUAGUGCCAACUAUAAAGUUUGGUGGAGGAGGAAUAAUGGUCUGGGGCUGUUUUUCAUGGUUCUAGCUAGGCCCCUUAGUUCCAGUGAAGGGAAAUCUUAACGCUACAGCAUACAAUGACAUUCUAGACGAUUCUGUGCUUCCAACUUUGUGGCAACAGUUUGGGGAAGGCCCUUUAUUGUUUUAGCAUGACAAUAUCCCCGUGCACAAAGCGAGGUCCAUACAGAAAUGGUUUGUCGAGAUCGGUGUAGAAGAAAUUGACUGGCCUGCACAGAGCCCUGACCUCAACCCCCUCGAACACCUUUGGGAUGAAUUGGAACGCCGACUGCGAGCCAGGCCUAACUAAUGCUCAUUUUCAAUACAUUUGCAAGAAUUUCAAAAAAACUUGUUUUGACUUUGUCAUUAUGGGGUAUUGUGUGUAGAUGGGUGAGAACAAUACUUUCUGAAUGCACUGUAUAAAGAAAUGCAUGUCGGUGUCAGAAACAUGGCAUAUCAUAUCUCUGUUCUUCUCUCGGUCUCUUUAGGGCCUAAGCUUUUCUUUCUUUUUUUCUUUAAAAAAAAUAAAUAUUAAUAUCAUACAGUGGAGGCCUAUAGGCCUAUGCAAUGCCCUGAUGCAUUUAGCGCUAACAUCUCUGACAGCUGAACCUUGAGGUGGACAAUUAUUGUUUUAGGAAAGUAAAAACCGAACCAGCACAGGUCUUUUUGGGUCUCUUUUUCCACCAGUCUUUUCCAAACGGGUCUGGCUGUCCUCGGGUCCAUUCGGAACUGGUGGUCUGGAGCUCAAUGCUACCUCCUGGUAGCCUGGAGCUCAAUGCUACCUCCUGGUAGCCUGGAGCUCAAUGCUAUCUCCUGGUGGUCUGGAGCUCAAUGCUAUCUCCUGGUGGUCUGGAGCUCAAUGCUGCCUCCUGGUGGUGUAUUACAGGGGUUCCCAAACGUUUUCACUGAGGCCCCCCUUCCAGCAUUGGGGAACAUCCCGUGCGCGCGCCACGUCUAUUUCUAUGGGCACAAGCACUGUUCAUGACACAAAUUGUUCACACCCUCUUGUUGGCGGAGAUAACAUUUAGCUUUUUUUAAGCUAAUUCUCUUGCAAUUCUAUACAUUUUGCCAUGUCUAAUGUGUAUUCUUGUGAUAUUUGAGUGACUCAAACAUUACAACAACAUCUGUAGAAUAAAAAACCUAGCUAAAAAACGUUAGCUGACAUGGGCUGGUUGAUCUGGACAUUUCUGACAAGUUAUAAAUAGCUCUCUAAGGUCUGCAAUUACUGGCAUGACAAGAGGAACUGAUGAUGUACUACCCAAGUUCGAAAUGGCAUCUAGUGUAUUCUACUAUUACAACUAAUUAAUUAAUUAAUUAAUAAUUAAUAUAAUUAAUUAAUUAAUAUUAAUAUUAAUAAUUAAUUAAUAUGCCAUUUAGCAGACGCUUUUAUCCAAAGCGACUUACAGUCAUGCGUGCAUACAUUUUUGUGUAUGGGUGGUCCCGGGGAUCGAACCCACUACCUUGGCGUUACAAGCACCGUGCUCUACCAGCUGAGCUACAGAGGACCACACACACACACACACAGUUUGGGAGCCACUGGUUUAGUAUACAAUGUGUGUUUGUUUCAGUUUCUGUACACAUGGCACACAGCUAGAUAUGGGAUUCAUGUUUCAGUUUCUGUACACAUGGCACACAGCUAGAUAUUGGAUUCAUGUUUCAGUUUCUGCACACAUGGCACACAGCUAGAUAUUGGAUUCAUGUUUCAGUUUCUGCACACAUGGCACACAGUUAGAUAUGUGAUUCAUGUUUCAGUUUCUGUACACAUGGCACACAGUUAGAUAUGUGAUUCAUGUAUGAGUGGGUUUUGAACAAUGAUAUGAGUAACGAUGACAAUUUGCAUUUGUUGGGACAGGAUGUGUUAAAUGUGUUCUCCUGUCAUUCAUCUAUCCAUGUUUGUUUCAGUGUCUCUGUUUUGUUUUCAAUGCAAUUUACACUAAGAACAUUUCUGUGACCAACAGACAAUACAUAAACAUGUCAGAUGUUCUGCUUUCCCUUUAGAUGGUUGGUGGUCUGCUGGACUUCUGCUUCUACACGUUCGUCAACAAGUCCCUGUCGGUGGAGUUCCCAGAGAUGUUAGCAGAGAUCAUCAGCAACCAGUUACCAAAAUUCAAAGCCGGGAGCGUCAAGCCCCUCCUCUUCCACCAGAAAUGA